AUAUCCAAAUAGGAUUAAUCAAUUAACUAGUUAUUUUAAUUAAAUCAAAUUAAUCAAUUAAUUAAUUAAAUUGAAUUAGAAUGAAUCCACGUCCAUCCCUACUUUCUUGCAUCCAAAAGUAGAAAAAAAAUAAUGCCUUGCAGCCGAAGGAUCGUCAAACGUUCACACCUCGCACUCACACGCAUACAAAAGCCACGAACCUGGGGGUGUCAGAGCUUGAACCCUAAAUCGAUCGACCGAACACGAAGCCACCAGAGGCCACCGCCCACCAGUCCACCACCUAUACCUAGAUCUACCGAUGGAGGCGCCACGCCCAAAGCACGACAACCGCGACGAUCCCGCCGCCGGAGGCGACGACCUCGGCUUCCUGCAGCUGCUUGAGCUCAGAGACCGCCGCCUCCAAGCAGCAGCUUUCUUCCUCGCCUGGGGCUGCAGCACGAUCAUCUGCGGUACGGCCCUGAACCCCUCCACCAACCCGGAGCACGUCCUGGCAGGGUUCGUCAUGCUCACCCUCGGCGCCGCGCUCGCGCUCCUCACGCUCGGCGGUGCCCGGUUCGGGCGCGCCGCGGCUCAGGUGGAGGAAGCGCUCAGGGGCUUCUUCUAGCUAGAUCCGCGGCGAUCGGAUGCGUCUGUAUAUUCUGCUCUUCACUUCUGAUGUUUCUGUGUAUUCUGCACCACCCACUAAGAACGAGCUAGUAUAUAGGAUUAACGGCGUUUCCUAUCGUGUAUCUGUGAAUUGUGGUCUCAUUUGCUGAGAUCUACUAAGUUGGGAUGACUGAGUUAGUUGUAAUUAGUCAAUCAACGUUGUUGUAAUGCA